AUGAAGUGGCUGGAUUCGGUGGUGCUGUGGUCGCUGUGGGCGGCAGGCCUAGUUCGCCAGCCGACGCGGACGGUGCGCGUGAGCGGUGGGCUGCUGAGGGGCUCGGUGGCGAGUGACGGCACGCACCACCUCUACCUAGCCAUCCCUUACGCCACCGUCCAUCCGGCUAAGCGGUUCCAGGCCGCCGAUCCUGAACCCUCGUGGGAUGGAGUUUAUGAGGCGGUGAACGAAAACAUCCGAUGCCCUCAGAGGCAGGGAAAAACAUUCGUAAUGGGACAAGAGAAUUGUCUGAUAUUGAAUGUCUUUACGCCAAUCGACGCGGAUUCCUCAUCAAAGUUGCCGGUCAUGGUGUUCAUACACGGCGGUGGCUUCUACGAUGGCUCAAGCUCUAGACAUCUGUAUGGGCCACAGAGUUUAGUGACUAAAGGUGUUAUAUUAGUUACGAUUAAUUACAGACUAAACAUCCAAGGUUUUGCGUGUCUCGGUUUAAGAGAAGCGCCUGGUAAUGCAGGUCUUAAAGACCAAGUGGCUGCUCUGAAGUGGGUGCGGAGGAAUAUAAGGGCGUUCGGUGGUGAUUCGGACAAUGUUACGAUAUUCGGUGAGAGCGCCGGCGCUGCAUCGGUCUCUUUCCACGUACUAUCGAGGAUGUCCAGAGGCUACUUCCAUAAGGCAAUCAUGCAGAGCGGCUCGGCCCUUUCCCCUUGGGCGUUACAGUACAGGCCAGUAUACAUGGCAAGUUUGCUGGCAAAAGCAAUGGGCGAAAAAGCAGAGGAAGCUAAGGAGCUUUACGAAACUUUCAUGGGCAAAUCUGAUGCGGAACUCAUCGUCACCAGGGUCCCGAGGAAAGAAGGCAACGUGAUACUAUCCGAGUGCCUCUACGUGCCCUGCGCAGAGCAACGUAUAGACGGCGUCGAACCAUUCUUGACGGAUAUCCCCCACAACAUUUACACUAACGGUGACUACAACAAAGUGCCAAUGAUUAUCGGUUUCAACACGCAGGAGGGCUAUCUGUUCUCGUCGAUGGAGAACGAUACGACCAUAUCGAAGAUUGACAUCGAGAAGUCUCUGCCCAAAGAUCUUACGUUUCCAACGCAGGAGGAGAGGAUCGAUGUCGCGUCGAGACUGCAGAAGCUCUAUUUCGGAGACAAGAGAAUCUCCAAAGACACUUUACUGGAGUUAUCUAAGUUUCAAGGAGAAGCCUUCUUUAGCCACUCCGUCAUAGAAGAGACGGAGAAUGUUCUGAAAACGAACGACAAGCCGGUUUACAGUUAUAUAUUCAAUUAUGACGGGCGCAGAAAUCUAGCUAAAUAUCUAUCCGGCGGACCUUACAAGAGUGCGCCGGGAGCGACUCAUGCCGACGAACUAUUCUAUUUGUUCAACCAGGGCGUAGUACCCUCAUUAUUCGAGAACAGAAUGAUCGAUACGAUGACUACAUUGUGGACAAACUUCGCAAAAUUUGGGGAUCCAACUCCGGAGCUGACAGAGCUGCUGCCGAUGAAAUGGCACCCUACUAACGUCACAAAUCCUCACGCCUUACUCAUUGAUGAGGAGUUGAGCACAGCGCCUCUGCGUCAAAGCGAGACGCUUAAAUUCUGGCGAUCGAUUUAUAGCAAAUAUAGAAGAAAAUCUUGG